AAAUUUGUAAAAUAAAAGAGAAGAGCAGCAAGAGCAGUAGCAGCAUCAAAGCACCUUUGAAUUGAUACUCUCUCUCUCUCUCUCUCUCUCUCUCUCUCUCUCUCUCUCUCUCUUCUUCUUCUUCUUCAUCAAAUCAUCCUCAAAGUUCAAAACCCGCUCCUUGUUAAGCUUACUCCUUGAGCUCAUCGGAAUAAAUAAAGUUUCACCUACUCAUUCAUAUAUUUGCUUCUCUAUUUCUAUAGCCUUACAAUGAUUACACUAAAAUAAUGAUCUGCCCAUUAUUGCUUCUUUCUCUUUUUCUUUGAAUUUUUAUAAAUUAACAGGGGCCAGCUUCACACUCUACUCUCCUCUCUUCUCUCUCUCUCUCUCUCUCUCUCUCUCUCUCUCUAGGACACUCAAGUGUUUCUUUGUUUUUCUCCAUGGAUUCUUAUGAAGCUACUAAGAUAGUUUACUCGAGGAUCCAAAGUUUGGAUCCAGAAAAUGCCUCAAAAAUCAUGGGGUUCCUUUUGAUACAAGACCAUGGUGACAAGGAGAUGAUACGCUUGGCAUUUGGACCAGAGACUCUGCUGCACAAUCUCAUCAUCAAUGCCAAAACCCAACUUGGCCUUCUUCAGUCAAAACCCAACUCUGCUACACCUUCUCCUUCAACCUUCAACCCCAUCUCAAGGCCCAACCCUUUGUCCCUGCCCUCCAUAUCAAAUCCCUCCUCCCCAUCUUCAAACCUUUGGAGCCUCAGCAAUCCCAUGAGCCCCAGCUCCACUUCUUCACCCUCUUAUGCCAAUAUUGUUAGCAAAAACAGUAACCCUGGUUCUGUUUCUGGGUCUUUGUUGUCACCCACCAUAUCAUCAUCAUCUUUAUCUUCAGCCUACCAUUCUUCUACCAGUGAACUUGCUGAAAAAUACCAGCUUCAGAGCCAUCUUUCUUUCCUCAGUGAUCCAAAGACUGAUGAUUUGUUUGAUGGAAGCCAAAGUGCUUAUAGCAGUUCACAGCAAAAGCAAAGUUACUCUGUACCCAGCAUGUGUUUUGGAGCUGAAGAUGUAAAUUCUGGGGUUGGAUGGAAGCCAUGCUUGUAUUACUCAAGAGGGUUCUGUAAAAAUGGAAGCAGCUGCCGUUUUCUCCACAGUGGCUCCAUUAACGCUGAUGGUGCCUCCGUUGAUGUUGGUUCUCCUAGCAAUGUCAAUGUACUUGAGCAGUGUCAAGAGUUACUCAGAUCCAAUGCUGCUACCCAGCAGCAGAAACAAGCCGCAGUCUCACAUUUUAUGGCUGGUGGUGCUUCUUUUCCAUACAACAAGUGCAUGAAUUUUUUUAUGCAGCAACAAAAUGACACUAAAAGGUCAGCGACAUCUGCAUUGAUGAUGGGAGAUGAGCUUCACAAGUUUGGGAGAUACCAAUAUGAGAGAAAUGACAUUUCAACUUUAACUUUGGGAGGAAAUGUUAAUCACAGUUCUAGGCAGAUCUACUUGACAUUCCCAGCUGAUAGUACAUUUAGAGAAGAAGAUGUCUCUAAUUAUUUUAGCAUUUAUGGACCAGUUCAAGAUGUGAGGAUUCCAUACCAGCAAAAGAGGAUGUUUGGAUUUGUUACAUUUGUGUAUUCAGAGACUGUGAAGAUUAUUCUGGCUAAAGGGAACCCUCAUUUUGUCUGUGAUUCGCGGGUGCUUGUGAAGCCUUACAAGGAGAAGGGGAAAAUACCAGACAAGAAGCAACAACACCAGCAGUUGGAGAGGGGAGACCAUCAUAUCUGCACAAGCCUGUCUGGGAUUGAUUCUAGGGAGCCUUCUGACCUCAAUCUUGGAUCAAGAAUGUUUUACAAUACCCAUGAGAUGUUAAGAAGGAAAUUAGAGGAACAAGCUAAUUUGCAGCAAGCCAUUGAACUCCAAGAAAGAAGGCUUAUGAACCUGCAACUUCUAGGCAUCAAGAGUAACAAUCAUCAUCAUAAUCAACAUCAAUACUAUCAUGGUCUUUCAGAAGGGUCUCCAUUUCCCUCACCAACUUUAUCUCAUACACCCAAAAAUCAAUCCCUCAUUGUUUCACCAAAUGGGAAUAAAGAAGAAGUCCUAGAAGAAUUUGAAGGUAGUCUAGCUGAACAACUGCAGCAGGAGAUGGUGAAUCCAGCUUUCAAUCUCAUUGACCAUGGGAGUGAGGAUGACAAUGGCAAUGACUUCGACCUCCUUGAAUGUAUGGAGCACAUUCUGCCUGAUAACCUCUUUGCUUCUCCAAAAAAAUCAGUUGCUGACCAAAUAAAUGCCUUCUCAACUACUACUUCUGCAGAAGUCAGUACUGAAAGCACCAGAGUCACAACCAUUUCUUCUUACAACAAUAAUAAUAAUUUACUGCCCACCACCUCUACCUCCUCCAAUGCAAAUGCCACUUCCCCAAAAUCUGUUCUUUCAAAAUGCCCAGGUUUUCUUUUGGGUAUGGAACCAUUGGAAUGUAAUUAAGCAUGGCCAGCAGCAAUGGGGAGAUUGACUUUGCUAGGAAACAAUUGAGAAGCAUAUACAAGGAAGAAAAAAAAGAUCCUCUAGCUAUAUAGCCAAAAGCAUACCUACAUCAAAAGACACUUCUAGACAAGAUCUCAGCAAGAUCACUACUGUCAUUAAUAUAUUUAUAUAUAUAAAUACUGUUUAGAAUAAUACAUAAUUGUAUACAUAAAAGAACAGAUGGACUGAUUUAUUGGAGUGGGGUCUAUUUACAA